AUGGCUUCCCCUGUAGUACUACGUGCUAAUGUGGCUUGCCAGCUCCUCGGCGUACUCUUCCUCUUCCUCCUCGACGGUGCCGCCACCGCCGCAUCUGUGCCACCGCCGCCAUCGCUGGUGACGGCCAACGUUGGGGUGAUACUGGACCUGGCGACGGAGCUGGGGAAGAAGAGCCUUCUCAGCAUGGAGAUGGCGCUGCACGACUUCUAUGCCACGCACCCCAGCUACACCACCAGGGUCAAGCUCCACGUCAGGGACUCACACCAAGACGUCGUCACCGCCGCAUCUGCAGCAAUAGAUCUCAUCGAUAACAAAAAGGUUGGGGUUGUCAUCGGUCCACAGAAUACUUUACAAGCAGAAUUCUUGACCUACCUAGCGAACAAAACCAAGGUUCCCUUCAUCACCUCAUCUGCAACAGGUGAUACAAUUACUCAAUGUCAUGCUCCGUACUUCCUUCAUGCUUGUGUCAAGGGCUCUUCCCAAGCAGCUUCGAUUGCUGCCUUUAUUAAGGCAUAUGGCUGGAAAAAUGUUGUUCUGGUCCAUGAGGACAACAAUCAUGGUCUCAGCAUUCUCCCUUCCAUUACUAGUGCUCUUGAGUCCAUUGACGUCCAUGUCAUUAACCAUUCUGCCAUCCCUACUACAUCCCCUGAUUACCGAAUUGAUGUGGAACUAUACAAGCUGAAGACCAUGCAAACACGUGUAUUCAUCGUUCAUAUGUUGCCAGCCGAUGCUUCCCGCCUAUUUGCUCGAGCUUCAACAAUCGGUAUGAUGACUGAAGGGUAUGUAUGGAUUGUCACAGAUGACAUCGGUAAUGCCCUUGAUGUGCUUCCCCAACAUACCAUUGAAACCAUGCAGGGUGUUGUCGGUUUCCGGCCAUAUGUAGCAAAGACUACGAGGAUCAAUGGUUUCAUGGCUCGGUUUGUCACUCAAUACAGAUCCACAUACCAUAAAGACCCCGAUGUUCGGGUGGCAAAACCAACCAUCUUCCAAUACUGGUCAUAUGAUUUGUUAUGGGCAAUAGCAUCUGCAACAGAGAAAGCUAAGAGGUUCAGAUCCUUACAACUAAGGUCUAAACUAGGGAAUAUGGACAAGUUAGUAGAUGAUCUCCAAGCAUCUCCUGCUGAACCAGAACUCCUCACUUACAUAAUGGAUGGGGAAUAUGAAGGAUUGGCCGGGAGAUUCAUGUUUGUUGAUAGGCACUUGCCAGUUCCAACAUAUGAGAUUGUCAAUGUGAUUGAAGAGGAAAUUAGACGCAUUGGCUUUUGGAACCUUGGUAACGGUCUUUCAGCGUUUCUUAACUCUAGCACUAGGCCUGGCCAAGCUAAACAUACGACAAGGGCGGAUCAAGUCACGAGAACAGUUAUUUGGCCAGGAAAUUCAAUAACAGUGCCCAGAGGAUGGGGCUUCCCUGAAAAUGGAACGACACUCCAGAUUGGUGUGCCCGUGAGACGGGAUUCUGAGGUCUUUGUGCAUGUUGAGACCAAUCCUAGCUCUAGUAUACCAAUUGUCAAAGGCUACAGCAUUGAUGUCUUUGAGGCUGCUGUGAAGAAACUGCCGUAUGGGCUACGCUACCGGUACAUUCCGUAUGACUGUUCAGAUUCUUAUGACACACUAGUAUCACAGGUUUAUUUCAAGAAAUUUGAUGCAGUAGUGGGUGAUGUGACAAUUAUCGCCAAUCGAACUAGGUAUGUGGACUUCACAGUUCCGUACACAGAUUCUGGUGUGUCGAUGCUUGUUCUAGCUAGUAAAGAUGAGGAUGAACCAGCCAUGUGGGUCUUCUUAGAGCCACUAACGAAGGACCUCUGGAUUGCUAUAAUACUUUUUAUGUUCUUCACUGGCCUAAUUGUGUGGAUGAUUGAAAAGCCUAUAAAUGAUGAAUUAAGGGGUUCCAAAUGGAAACAGUUCAACGCUGCUUUCUACUUCGCAUUCUUCACUGGGACUUCUAUGCAUGAUCAAAAGUUCAAAAGCCUCCAAUCAAAAGUUAUUGUGGUAUCCUGGUGCUUCGUAAUGGUAAUUAUAGUGCAGAGUUACACGGCAAGCUUGUCGUCCAUUUUAACUGCAAAGAAGCUCCCACCUUUAAUUACAGACCCAAGGCAACUUUUACAGAAUGAUGAUAAUGUUGGGUAUCAGAGUGGCUCAUUUGUGCACUCAAUGUUGAGGAGGCUCCAAUUUGAGGAGCCGCGGAUAAAAGCUUUUAGCACACAUGAGGAAUAUGCAAAAGCAUUGAGGUCUGGAUCAAAGAAUGAAGGGGUAUCUGCCAUCUUCGAUGAAACACCAUACAUAAAUUCUUUCCUCUUGGAGUACGGAAAAGAGUUCCGAAAGGUUUUCCCUAAAGGCUCUCCAUUGGUGGAUGAUCUUUCCAAGGCCGUGUUAAAUUUGAUAGAAGGGUCUGAAGGUUCUAGUAUUGAGAAGAAGUGGUUCAAGGAUUCAAUCUUGUCACCGGACUAUGGAAGUCUGGAAGCUGGCUCCCCACGCCUCAGUUCACGGAGCUUUGCGGGUCUCUUCAUCAUCAAUGGAUGCGUUUUAGGAUUGAUGGUCGUAAUAAACUUGUUGAGGCGUGCUUAUGCAAAAUAUAUUGCAAAAGGAAGUAGUCCUUGUGCUAGUGAUGGUGGGGCACAACGUCCGCUGGAUGGUGAGGCGUGCUCUUCUUGCAGUGACGAGUCACAGAACUCUCCGAUAUCCUUGAUAGUGGAGUUGGCAGACGCAGUGGCGAAGGCCAGCUCCAUGUAG